AUGAGUGAUCAUCAACCUGGUACCUCUAGGGGUACGAAACGAUCAAACGAGAUACCUUUGCGAGCGCAAUCAAAUCGUGUUUUGUUGCACGAAUCGGAUAUUCUUGAAGCUUUAGGAAACUCUGGUGAGGAUGAUUUUGUGGGAAGUGAUGAUGACGAAGAUUUUUAUUGGGUGAUGAUGAUCGAGACAGCUCAAUCUUGGAGUCCGAAGAAGAUGAAGGAGUUAUAUCACCGCUACCACCUAGUGAAAUUGAAUGAAACGAUUGAAGAGUCAGCUAUGCCACAUGUCCUGAACCUUCCACCGAAGGAUCAACCUCACACUAGAGUACUUCUUGCUCGUCUAUGA